CUCAAACUCCAAUAGUUCUCCGAGAAUGUUGCUCAUUUAUUUUUCACAUUUAUUAAUAUCCAAAAAUUGCUACUAUCUCCCUCGCUUUCUCUGUGUAUGGAGAGAAACUGAAAGUCAUGGGCUCAUGUCUAUGAAGCUCUUUCUUCCACACUCGCAAUCUUCUUUCUGGUUAAUACUUAAGUAUUGUUUCUUGAAUGCGUACUAUCAACAAUUUGUACUUGAUUCUUUUCAAACUGGUUUUAGUUGAAUGAAGCAUGUUUAUAGGCCUAAAUCAGAAGAAGUGGAAGAAACCAGCUCCAUCUUCUAUCCUGAAACCAAUUCAUUUAACAUAGAUAUGAAUACUUCAGUUGGUACAGUGGAAACAGAAUAUUCUUUUUCUAUGUUGCUAGAGUGCGCAGCAGAUAAUGAUGUUGAGGGUUUCAAGCGGUCUGUAUUUGAUGAAUCUGAGGUUAGGCAGGUUGGGCUCUGGUAUGUUCAUCAUAGGGUGUCAAAAAAGGGGGUCCUUGAGCAUAGAACCCCGCUAAUGGUUGCUGCUAAAUAUGGCAGCGCUGAUGUUAUGAAGCUCAUUCUUUCUCUACCUGAGGUGGAUGUAAAUUUCUCUUGUGGCUCAGACAAUAGCAGUGCCCUUCACUGUGCUGCUUCUGGUGGAUCUUCUAAUGCUAUCGACGUCAUCAAAUUGCUUUUACUUGCCGGAGCUGAUCCUAGUAGCACUGAUGCCAAUGGACAUCGCCCAGUUGAUAUCAUUGUUGCUUAUCCAAAUUUUCCCAAUUUGAAGAUUGCCCUUGAAAAGCUCUUGAAGAAUAUUGGUUCCUUAUGUCAAUGGGAGCUGCAGUUUUCAACUAGUAGUUUGAAUUCCAGUUCCCCACCCAUUUCGUGGACUUCAGAAGAAGGUAAAAAAGACUGCGUUGAUCCAUCUUUUCCUGAUACCAAGGAUGACGCUUAUGCUAAUGAUAAGUUUUGGAUGUUCUCGUUCAAGAUCCAGCCUUGUUCGCGGGCAUAUUUCCAUGACUGGACUGAGUGUCCUUUUGCUCAUCCAGGUGAGAAUGCACGCAGAAGAGACCUGAGGAGGUUCCAUUACAGUUGUGUGCCAUGUCCAGAUCAUAGGAAGGGGGUGUGUAGGCAUGGAGAUUUUUGUGAAUACUCUCAUGGGAUUUUUGAGAGCUGGCUACACCCAGCUCAAUAUAGGACUCGCCUUUGCAGGGAUGGCAGUAGUUGCUCACGCAGGGUGUGCUUUUUCGCUCAUACAAAUGAGCAACUAAGGCCGGUAUCUGCGUCCACCGGUGCUGCUGUGCCAUCUCUUCAAGCACCUGCUAGGGAUUUCACUGCUGCCUUUAACCUAUUUUCUGGUGCUCUCCCAGCAGUUUCUGCAGUGCCACCUUUUCCAUUUACUCCACCUAUGUCUCCUUCUGGCAAUGAUCUAAACUUGUUAAUGGCCUGGCCUCAGCAAAAUAUCUCAAAUUUGGAAAUCUCGGGAAACAAUCUUCAAGCCAGCCGUCUGAGAACUACUUCCAAUGCAAGAGAGAUUCCAUCUGAGGAACUUAAUACGAUCCAAUAUUUUGAACUUUUGCAACAGCAUCUCUUGAAUGAUCUGUCCUAUAUUUCUCAGCCCCAUCGUAAUUCUUCUACAAAUCUUUCUGCUUGCUUCAAACAAUUGAACCCGUCAAAUCCAGACAGGCUCUGGUCUGCUGAGGUUUCAUCUCCCCAAAGCACAUAUCGAUUGAGUGUUGCACAUGCUUUCUCCCCUUCAUACAAAUCUGCAGUUAUUAAUAAAUCUCAACUAUCUUCACCGAGGAUGAUGUCACCUCACAUAAAUGAGUCUAUAUCGACAUCGAGCUCCCAUUUAUCUGCUCUUCUUUACCAUGACAAGCAGGAAUCAGAACUAGGCAGCCUAAACUCAGGGGAACUUGGUUUUAACCUCACAUAUAAUCUUGGAUCCAAUGGUCUGAAUUCAUGGUCAAAGCAGGAUCCUGUGAAUGGAAAUGUAGAUUGGUCUGUCGAAGCAGAUGAAGUUGGCAGGCGUCAGAAGUCUUCAAAUGGGCAAUAUGGGGAAGAGCCUGAUGUCUCUUGGAUUCAAUCAGUGUUGAAGGAUCCAUCCGAGACAUAAGACAACUACUAUUUCAGUCUCAGGUCCUGAAGAGGUUUCUAACUCAAAUCCCCCUCGGCUUUGCAGGCGUUGCUAGAGGGUUUGCAGCUUGAUAAGCUCAUUGCUUCAUAUAUGAAAAUAUUGUAACCAUUCUUUAGGUAAUCGAAACUGUAUCGAGUAUUCUAAAUUCUUUUUCCCGUUGACGUUAUUUGACAUAAAUUUGUAACGGGAUUAAUCAAAUGUAAGAAUUCUUAUUAAUCAUAAAUAAAGAAAUAAAUUAUAGUCGGUCGAUA